AUGCCGGGUAUCGCAUUCCCCACGGUCGCUAGACCUGCUCACAUGUGUCCACUGCCAACCACCAGAGCUAUCGCAAUGGGCCUGCGCAUUCCCAGUAGCGGUCAUUUUCUCAUCCCAUCGGCGCUGACGGUUCUAUCACUGUCCAUUGCAGGAGAGCGUGUGGAGGCAAGUCCGACGAAGGCCCGGAAUGAUGCAGACAAAAGUGGUCAAAGGGCGGCUAUUUACGGUCGAAGAAGUCAGGCCACUGAGAGAUUCAAGCAGUGGGUCCCAUCCAAACUCCGACCGUCAGUCGACGACACGAAGCAUAAACACGCUGGAACUUGGGGGAGGGCCUUGGGUAGAGAGUACCACCGUAUGUACCGUCCUUUUUCCUGCUACUCCACACAGCACAGUCUUGUUGCCACACCCACACCCACCACAUCCACACCCACCCACACAUCUACACAAAGACAGCCACAGCCACAGACAUCGACCAACGCCGCUCAGGCCCGCACCUGCAUCGACACAUCCCUUUGCUACCACCAAACCAACUGUCUUGCACUCAAGGCUACAGGGCUGAGCGUCAAGAUGCUCAGCAGGCCGCCUCGUUUGAUUUCUACCGUCUUUGCUGCCGCCCUCUUCUGUCUGGCGUGGUGGUACCUGCAAACCGUGCCAGGAGCAGGCUCAUCCUUAUCCUCAUGGGAAUCCCCGCACCCUUCCGCGCCCUCGCCCGCCUCCUCUUCCUCUUCCACAUACAAGCCAGCCUCGUUGCGAGGGGAUCCGCUCGACUUUAGCCUGCCGCUGCGCUUCACAGAUGGCUUAAGCCAAUUGAAGCCGCCAGGCAGCAACUACACCUACAAGAUUGUUGUACCCAAGACAGAAGACGAGGAUAUUGCUUGGAUAACCGAGGAAAUCCCAGACGCGCCCCUUGUCGUCUACGAACUCGACAAUCCCAAUGCAGAGCACAAAGUGCCCAAGAACAAAGGCCGCGAGGCCAUGGUCUACCUUUCCUACAUCAUCGACCACUACGACGACCUCGCCGACACCACAAUCUUCAUGCACGCACACCGCUACGCCUGGCACAACAACAUGCUGCAAGGCCUCAGCACCGUCACCAUGAUCAAGCGUCUUAAUCACGAACGCGUCGCACGCAUGGGCUACAUGAAUCUGCGCUGUCACCACGACCCAGGUUGCCCAGACUGGAUCCACCUCGACCGCCCCGGUGGCGACUUCGACUUUUACUACAAGCCCGAGGAAAUCUACUGGCGCCGCCACAUCUGGGAAGAACUACAUCCCGGUGCCCCGAUUCCACCGUCAUUAAGUGGGAUCUGCUGUGCGCAGUUUGCUCUGUCAAAGCAGAGGAUCAGAGAUGUACCGAUUGAGCGGUUUCUGCAUUACAGAAAGUGGCUCCUCACAACACCAAUGGAAGAUCAAUACUCUGGUCGCAUCUUCGAAUACAUAUGGCAUUACAUUUUUACAGGCCAUGAGGUCUUCUGUCCGGCAAUGAAUACUUGCUACUGCGACGGCUAUGGAAUUUGUUUCGGUGGACGACAGAAGUUCGAUGAUUAUUUUACAAAACAAGACAACCGCAAUACUAUGAACGAGAAACUGCAGCACUUCAAAGGCCAGGUAGAGGGUCAAGUGGUAGAACCCACGCAGGAUGUAUUGGCGGAACGCCAGCGCUUGCAAGAGACGGUGGAUAUGAUGGACAAAGAGCUGGACACUUUGCGGGAUCAGGCGAAGAGAAGGGGCGAAGAUCCCAAGGCAAGGCAGGAAGAAACGGAAUCGUGGGAUUCCAGUCAUAUUUGGGAUUAUCUACCACAGGACAAGGCACAGUGA